AGGUCAAACAUUACACACUUUCACUCCCCGAGACUAAUGAGUGUUUUGUUAUUUAUUAUCGUUUGUGUUGUUCUAAUGGCAACGUUAUGGUAUUAAAUUUACUCGCUGUCAUUAUAUUGGAAAAAAGAAGAAAAAAAGUUUUAAAUGGUUUGAAGAUUUGAAUAGGACAAAUGUUUUUUUUUAAUUCUUUCUUUUAUCCUUUCGGUGUGUUCAGUAUUUCGACUGCUCUUGUGUUAUAAUUGAUGCCAAGUUGUUGUCUAAUACAUUGAAGUGAAAAGGAAAUCAAAUAUUUAAUCGUGGUUCAUGGAAAAGAAAAGAAAGGACUAAAGAACCAUAAACACUGCUCUGCUGUCUUUUAUCGCGAUACAUUUUUUAAAGAAAAGAUGGAAGCAGAAAAGGCUAUACUCGGAGGAUGGGAUUACCUGAUGUUUUCUAUAAUGCUUCUGAUAUCAGCAGGAAUUGGCGUCUAUUUCCGGUUCAGUGGUGGUAAACAGAAAACUACAGAAGAGUUCCUCUUAGCUGGAAAAGACAUGCCAAUCUUGCCAGUAUCGUUUUCAAUCAUGGCAACAUUUCUCUCUGCCAUAACUAUUGUUGGAACACCAGCUGAAAUGUACUAUUUUGGAAUUCACAUGGCUUACCUAAACAUAUCAUAUGUCAUUGGCAUAGUGAUAUCUGCUUAUCUUACUUUGCCAGUGUUUUUUGAAAUGCAAGCUUCAACAGCGUAUGAGUAUCUUGAAAGAAGGUUCGGACAAACUGCCAGGACAAUCGCCUCGUUAGCUUUUGUUUUACAAAUGAUACUUUAUAUGUCAGUUGUUUUGUAUGCUCCCGCUUUAGCAUUGAGCGCUGUAACCAAUUUGUCAACAUGGGUUGCUAUAGUUUCAGUUGGAGUGGUAUGCACAUUUUACUGCACCAUUGGAGGAAUGAAAGCUGUCCUAUGGACGGACGUAUUUCAAUCAUUGCUCAUGUUUCUCGGAAUUUCUGCUGUUAUAACAAAAGGGUUUUUAGAUGUUGGCUUUUAUGAUGUAUUCAAGAUCGCGAAUGAAGGCGGAAGAAUUUUAAUUCCUGGGUUUGAAGCAAGUUUCUACACUCGCUAUACCGUUUGGAAUAUGUUGAUUCAGGGAAUAAUAUUGUCUAUGACAGCCUUCAGUGCAAAUCAAGUACAAAUCCAAAGAUUGCUUACUGUCAAAAACAUUGACAUAUCUCGGAAGGCAUUGUGGUACAGUAUUCCACUGGGUUGCUCAUUUCAUUUACUGGCUUGUUUGUCUGGCGUCAUUGUCUAUUCAUAUUUUGCAGAAUGUGAUCCUUUAACCCCGCCAAACAACCCUAUACACAAAGGCGAUCAAUUGCUGCCAUAUUUCAUGAUAAAGAGCUUAGGACAUUUUCCUGGGUUGCCAGGUAUUUGCAUCUGUGGAAUUUUCAGUGCUUCUCUCAGCACUGUUUCCUCUGCAGUGAAUUCUUUGACUGCAGUGACAAUGCAAGAUUUAGUACGACCUUUUCUUGAAGCAAAAGGAUUUUCACAGGACAAAUUGUCUUUUGCUGCACAAGUGAUAACUAUGUUCUUUGGUGUCCUUUGUAUUGCCUUAACAUUUUUAGUAGCUACAUUUGGCAGCAUUAUUCAAGCUUCAUUCAUUGUUUUUGCAAUACUUGGUGGUCCAGUCUUAGGAACAUUUUUGCUCGGAAUGCUGACGACAAGAGCUAAUGAAAAGGGUGCUGUAGUGGGACUUUUAGUUUCAAUUGCAGUGGCUUCUUGGAUUAGCUUCAGCACAUCUUACCAUGGGCCUCAGCCAAAAAUUCUUCCGGUUUCUGUGGCUAAAUGUCCUGUUCUUAACAUAUCGAUUGCUGAUCAACUUUUCCUGUUGAAUGAUACAGUUCUGUCUAGUGCAAAAGACAUUGACAAGUACGAGAUCCCGGUUGAACCGAAACUUGUACAGUCUUCAGAUGAAGAUAUAUUCCCAUUGUAUAGAAUUUCCUAUAUGUGGUUCGCUCCCAUUGGUUUCAUCUUUUCAUUUGUCAUUGGAUACGUCACAAGCAUUCUUAUAAACAUGAAAACAGGUAAAACAAAAUAUGUAUCACCUGAUUUGCUCAGUCCUGCAGUAAAGUGGUUCAUUCACAAAUCCCCAGAUGUUUUAGAGAAAAAAGAAGUAAAAUUUCCGGUAAAAGUUGAACUUCAAGCAGUUUACAGAAAAACUAAAGAUAAUGAAGCGAUGAAAAAAGCCAAAGAAAGUUCAUCGGAAAGCUAUAAAUUUUAGAAAUUAAUAAAAAUAUUGACACAUUAUUUUACAUUAUACAUUUAUUCAUCUUGGAAAACAUGUUCGAAUCUAUUUUAAACAAUUACAUUGUCAUGAAUCAAAACGAUGUGAAAUUAUUUUUGUAUUCAUUAGCAUAUACAUACACUUUGUACAUUUUUAAUAAAAUUGAAAUUUUUUGA